AUGGCUCUGCGUGACGCAGCAUGUUACACAUUGCUCAUCCAACCUACAAAAGAUACCUCCAUCGCUGAGAUUGUCGAGGAAGGUCCGAGUGGGUCCACGAGAUCAGAAGCGAGGUAUGCUAGAGUGAGAGAGAAGAGGGAAGGGGAAGCGUACUCUUCUGUCGUCUACGACGCUUUGAGCGGUGCUAAGCUCGCCUCUGCCGGGUAUCAACUGGAGAAGGAUAAAAAGAGACGUUUACAAUUACAUGGACCUGAUGAGGAUGUCACCUUUGAGUUCACUGGACGAUUGACCUUUGAAUGGUCGUUUGAGUUUGAAGGGAACAAAUACAGAUGGACCAGAGCGUCAUUGGGUAAAGAUUAUGUCUGUUCUUUAGACCGUAAACCUGAUCCUAGGGUGGAGAUAUGUUUAGCUAGAGAAGCGGACAAGGGAGUACCCGCAAGACUACAGAUAUUGCAUUACAACAUCGAACGAUUCCCCACUGAAAUCAAAGACGUUCGGGGUCUUGAGACUUUACUAGUGAUGAGUCUUCUCUGUUUGAUCGAUGCUGCCGAAGACCGAGCUUCUCCAGCUCGUAUAAAAACCCCUCCUACCGUUUCCUCUCCUCCAAAAGUCGCUUCACCCCCAUUACCCCCAAAGAAGGUGAUAGAUGAGGAAGAUUUCGAGCCUGAUAACCCGAAUGAAAUUAUUAUCGGAGUGAAUAGCGAUGUCAAUGGGAAAGUCGCAAACGCUAUAGCUCUUCUACAGGACCCCAACAUGCUCUUUAUCGUUUUACGUACUCGAAAGGCUGAAGCGGCGCAAAAAGCGCUCGAAGUGUCAUUAGGAGUGACCAGAUUCAGACAUCGAGAAGGGCUUGAAGCGCUACAUCAAUAUGUGAAAGAAGAAGAACCGAUACCUAUGCCUAAGCCUCCAGCGAGACCACAAAGUCCUCCCCGGAUCAACUUGAAUGAUAUGUGA